AACAGAGACCUCUACUACUGAACCAGUAAUAGCUGGCGCAAGAACAAGGGCGCGGGGGGGCUGCAGCAACAGACGCUCGUUGUACAACACCACAACCUGCAGCACCCCUAGCAUGAGCGACGACCUAUAGCGAAAGCCGCGGAAGAUUCCUGCGGGACUAUGCAGUGGGCAUCGGGGUGGGCGUGGUCGCGGCCGUGUCGUACAAGUCGGAGCCGGCGGAUGCUCAUUUCAGUCGAAGAAAAAGCUGCACGGUCGGGUAUAUGGCCGAUGAAGCCCUCGUGAUCGGCUUUCCAGGUGACAACAUCUGCGUCGCAGGCGGUUCCGCCCGCAAACUGCUGUAGGAAGGCACAAUUCCUGGGCAGCAGCCAUCGGAAGUCGUAGGCAUCGGUUCUUGUCGGUCUCGACUACUGUACGAUUUGCAUUUGAUGUGCCUUUGUUGCGGUUGUGGUGACCACGCGUGAUGUAUGGCUCCUGUGGCAUGCUCCUAAGCACAUCCCAAGCCCCGAAACUGGGCCAAGACACUCGCAUCUGUAGAAACUGACGGAACUAGGUCCUCAACCCUGGCUGUACGUUAGACUGUACCACCAUGUGAUUGGUGUAUGCAUACGUUGUCGACAAGUGCCCGGGAGAUACGAAACCCGGCAAAGGCGCGUAACGAAGGAGAACACGUUGUUCGAAUCGAGUUAACAGAAGGUCAUGAGACCCAUCCUUUGUGAGAGUUUCGUGGAUCCCCACCGAAAGGUCAGAAAGAGUAAGUUGCCUGCAGAGUAUUUUUCUCGAGGACGUGGCAUUAACGGGCUACAGGCCACCGAUGCAACGGGCACGGUCGUUGUUUCGGGGGGGUUCACUUCCGUUCGAGGAACAGCCGGGGAGGAACUGCGUGCGUGCUCAAAAAUUUAAGUUGAUGUUUGGGGAAUAAUGGAUUGGAGGCCGUGGAGGGCUCCUGUCCCUCCGCAUGUGGCGGAGGGGAGCUUUGACAGUGUAGUGUCAGGGUUACAUGUCUGGAAUGGAUUCCAGAGCGGCGGAAACAGUGAAACGAGGUCAAAUCAACAGUGAAAGAAUGCAUGAACAUCAAAUCCUCUAGACUAAUGUCCGGGCGUGUUAAGCACAACGGGGCGGAAAGCUGCGUGCAAUAGUCGAGCGAUUGAGCCGUCAGCAGUAGGAACUCUAGUACGUUGCCCCGCCUUUCUCUAUCGAAAUCGAGCGCGCGUGGACAAGGAAGAGGGGGAGAGAGAGAG